UCGCCCACAGACGUCCUUCCGGGCCGGGUGGCUCCGCCCUUCCCAAGAUGGCGCUGCUCUCCGUGCCGAAGGCGCGUGAGUGCUGGCGCUUCAUCCGGGCACUUCACAAAGGACCCGCAGCUCCUCCGGCUCCCCAGAAGGACAGUGGGGAGCGAGUGUUUUCUGGCAUCCAGCCUACAGGAAUCCCACACCUGGGAAAUUACCUUGGAGCCAUCGAGAGCUGGGUGAAGUUGCAGGAGAAGUAUGACACAGUGUUGUACAGCAUCGUGGACCUCCACUCCAUCACUGUCCCCCAGGACCCCACCACCCUCCAGCAGAGCAUACUGGACAUGACUGCUGCUCUCCUGGCCUGUGGCAUAAACCCAGAGAAAAGCAUCCUUUUCCAGCAGUCUCAGGUAUCUGAACACACCCAGUUAAGUUGGAUCCUCACCUGCAUGGUCAGACUGCCUCGAUUGCAGCAUUUACACCAGUGGAAGGCAAAGGCAGCCAAGCAGAAGCAUGACGGGACAGUAGGCUUGCUCACAUACCCAGUACUCCAGGCAGCAGACAUUCUGUGCUACAAGUCCACACACGUUCCUGUAGGGGAGGAUCAAGUCCAGCACAUGGAACUAGUUCAGGAUCUAGCUCAAAGUUUCAACCAAAAGUAUGGGGAGUUCUUUCCACUGCCCAAGUCCAUUUUCACAUCCAUGAAGAAAGUGAAAUCUCUUCGUGAUCCCUCAGUCAAAAUGUCAAAGUCGGACCCUGACAGACUGGCCACUGUCCACAUUACAGACAGCCCAGAGGAGAUCGUACAGAAAUUCCGAAAGGCUAUGACAGACUUCACAUCAGAGGUCACCUACGAGCCAGACAGCAGAGCCGGUGUCUCCAACAUGGUGGCCAUCCACGCAGCAGUGUCAGGCCUCUCGGUGGAGGAGGUGGUGCGCAGCAGCGCGGGCAUGGACACUGCCCGCUACAAGCUGCUGGUGGCUGAUGCCGUGAUUGAGAAAUUUGCCCCAAUCAGGCGUGAAAUUGAGAAACUGAAAAUGGAUAAGGACCACUUAAAGAAGAUUUUACUUGCUGGAUCUGCAAGAGCCAGAGAAUUAGCUUGUCCUGUGUUGGAGGAGGUAAAGAAAUUGGUGGGGAUUCUGUAGGAAGGUCGGCCAGUCCCUGCACUCCAGGCAAGGCAGCUUUUCUCUAGCAGAUUCUAGCCUGUGCGAAUUUAAUUCCGUUUGAUGGUUAGCUUCAUUUGAUGAAUGCCUUCAGUGGAGCGAUGUUCCAAAGGAGAGCUGAGGCAGGCACAGCUGUCUACACUCCAGUUAAGUGAGGCACAUUUUUUGGUCUGAAGUAUACCCACAAACUUGACAGCUGAACAAUAACAGUGACCAAGCCCUCCCCCUGUGGAAUCCAUAGGAGAGGAACCCAGUCAGGGGCAGAACAUAGAACUAGCUCGUACAGUGUCACUAAGUAAGUAAGAAGCAAAUGCAGGCGUGAAGUCCUUCCUCCCUACUCCCAAGGCUACUGCUUUUGAGAAUUCUUCCAAAGCCCUGAGGAUCUGGAAGUUUUUUGGUUUUUUGUUUUUUUUUUACUUUUUUUUAUUUUUUAUUAAUUACACUUUAUUCAUUUUGUAUCCCCCCCAUAAGCCCCUCCCUCCUCCCCUCCCGAUCCCACCCUCCCUCCCAUUUCUGCAUGCAUGUUGAACCUCCAAACAUUCCUGGUUUGAAAUGUGGGUACUGUAAAAAUAAAGCCUGAAAUACUGAUU